AUGUGCGAACUUGACAGUCUGCCGUCCAUAACAGAGCUCACCAAGGCUUUUGACUCCCUAGCCAGUGGCAAGGCUCCGGGAAAAAAAACGGCAAUCCCUCAGAGAUCAUCAAAGCCGGCAAAAACACCGAUCUGCUUCAACACCUUUCAUGAGCUCCUAUGUCAGUGCUGGGAAGAAGGUACAGCCCCUCAGGAUAUGCGGGAUGCUAACACCAUUACGCUUUACAAAAACAAAGGUGACCGUGGUGAUUGUAACAAUUACCGUCGAAUAUCUCUUCUCAGCAUUGUUGGAAAGGCCUUUGCUCACGUUAUCCCGUCCAGGCUACAACUACUUGCUUCUCGAAUUUAUCCAGAAUCGCAUUGUGGUUUUAGAAAAAGCAGAUCAACUAUUGACAUGAUAUUCUCCAUACGCCAACUUAAGAAGAAGUCCAGAGAGCAGAACAUGCCAUUAUAUAUGGCCUUCAUUGAUUUGACGAAGGCCUUUGACUUCUUAAGUAGAAAAGGCGGCCAUUUCCUCCUGCUUCAAAAAAUCGGCUGUCCACCAAAGCUGCUGAUUAUCAUCAAAUCUUUCCAUGAUGAUAUGCAAGUCACCACACAGCGCAAUGGUUCAACAUCAAUCGCCUUCCAAAUAAAGAACAGGGUAAAGCAAGGCUGUAUCUUUGCUCCUACAUUAUUUGGCAUCUUCUCGCUGCUGCUGUCAAAUGCCUUUGAGACAUCAGAAGAUGGAAUGUUUCUGAACAGUAGAAAUGACGGGCAACUGUUCAAUCUCUUGCGUCUGCGUGCCAACACCAAAAUCAGAAGCAUCCUGAUCAAGGAGAUGCUCUUUGCUGAUGAUGCCGCUCUGGUAUCACACACAGAAGCCCUGCAAAGGCUCAUCAACUACUUUGAGCAAGCAUGUAGCGACUUUGGCUUAGUUAUCAGCCUCAAGAAAACCAAUAUCAUGGAUCAGACUACGUCGGACAUCCCAGGCAUACACACUGGAGACCAUAGACUACAGGAGAGGAAGAGGUUUACCUACCUUGGCUCUACCGUCACUUACAACCUAUCCCUUGAUACCGAGCUCAAUAUACGCAUUGCCAAGGCAACCGCUGUGAUGGCCGAACUCUCCAAACGGGCAUGGGACAACAAUAAGCUGAACAAGACCACAAACAUGAAGAUUUACCAGUCAUGUAUACUUAGCACUCUACGGUAUGGCAGUGAGAUCUGGACGCCAUACACACGCCAAGAGCCUCGCCUAAAUAUCUUUCACCUGCGCUGCCUCCGGAAAAUCCUUGGCAUCAAAUGGCACAAUCGUGUCCCAAAAAAGGAUGUCCUCAAGCAAGUAGGAAUACCAAGCAUGUUUGCACUCCGCACACAAAGACGUAUGAGAUGGCUUGGACAUGUUAAUCGUAUGGAAGUUGACAGAAUCACCAAAGACAUACUCUACGGAGAGCUUGCUAGGGGCACUAGGUCUGUUGGAAGACCGUUAUUACCAUGCAAGGAUGUUUGCAAAAGGGAUAUGAAGGCCUGCGACAUCAGUAUUAGGAACUGGGAAGAGGUUGCCAGCAACCGUGGAGAUUGGCGACGCACCAUAGAAGAGGGAGGACAAAGGAGUGACAGAGGGCGAGAGGAGAAAUGGAAAGACAAGAAAAGACGUCAACAAGAAACUAUGACAUCACAACCAGCCAGGCAAAGUCUUCGCUACAUUUGCAUAGGACUACGCAUCCACAGCAGGAGAUGUAUUAGGACAUGA